GAUGGGCAGCCCAUGAUGCCCGCCGGACAACGCAGGAUCACCGCCUACCAGUUGCGCAGAGUCUUCCGUCUCUGUGAUCCUGAGGGCAGCGGGUUCGUGUCGGUCCAACACCUCACCGAUCUUGCCCUUCAACAUGCCCAGCGCAAGGAAGAUGCAGAAGAAAUCGCCCAACAGUUGGACCCCAAAGGUCGGGGACUUUUGUCCUACAGAGACUUCUGCCGGGGCGUCAACACAUUGCUGGAACGCGCCGGGGGCGGAGAUACAAUGAUGGCGCCCAGCGUGGACAAAGGGGCGCAACACUCGCUGACAGUCGUAUCCGGGGCCAACUUCUGCACUGACGAUGGAAGCAGCGCUGAGUCGAACGGCAAAGAGAACAGCCGAUGUUCCAGUCUUUCCGACGAAGAGAGUUUUGAAUGUUUUGGUGAAGGAGAUAUGGACACAGGCACCCCUCAGAGCCUAAGUGGAGACGGCGUAUUGCGAAGUCCUAGAAAUGACGGUCUUAAACGAAACACCUGGUUGCGUACAAGUCUACGACGAUCCUCACCCAAUAAUCACGACAAUUUACCGAACAGAAGAUGGGGUUCAUUUCGACAACCAUCUGGAAAACGAUUGGGCAGUAACGCUUUAGCCAGCCAACUGUACCGCAGCUCCAGCUUCAACAGUUCGGGCCGGAGCUCCACCUGUGAUACAGCGGACGAUAUCUACUCGGAUGUUUCCCUGGAGGAGGACGUACUCGACCUGAAUCACAAGGUGCAGAUGUUGCAGCAACAAAUGAGUGUCUUAGCUGACAAUCAGAGUCACACUGACGAGCGAUACACACGAGCGAAGCAGGAUAAUGCUACUCUGCAAGCCAGAGUUAUGAUGCUGGAGGAACAGUUGCGAGAGGUGGAACUGCGAUCUGAGGAACGUCUCGCCGAGGAAGAGCGGAGACACAGAGAGCUUGUAGCCAGAGUGGACCGAGAGAAGCAACUGCAAGUGGAGAACUGUGCAAUAAGGCUGCAGACACUGGAGUUGGAGAACACAAGUCUGCGUGAGGAGGCUGCCAGAUGCCGUGCGCAAGCAGAGAGGCUUCGUGCUGAGAAGUCUGCGGUGACAGAGCAGCUGGGAGAGGCGGAAAGUGUAGUCAGUUCACUUCAAGAUGAGGUGGCAGCACUGCGAGACCAAGAGAGGCGACAGAAGGAGUGCGCCCACGCAAAUCAGCAGCUGGUUGAGGAGCUGACCUUGGAAGUAGACAGGCUGCGGAGGGAGGUGCAGACAUUACAAGAGCUUAACCAAAACUCCCAAGAGCCACAGACGCAGCUGCAAGCCCAGCUCGAUUCCUUACGUCAGGAGCAUAGAAGCCUGCAAGAAGCCCACGAGGAGCUCCAAGCUAUGAUCCUGAGUCGAGGGGUGGAGGAGGGACGUAACCUGCUGUCUUCGGCCAAUGAGUCCCACAGUCUUGCAGCUGAGCUGGAUGACAUGUCACAUGAUGACCCCGAGCAAGACAUAGCAGGCGAUCUGAAGAUUCGGUCUGCCUACAAGGAGUCUCAGGAAGUGAUCUCACACCUGCGCACAUACAUUGACGGCAUUCUCCUUCUCAUCGUGGAGAACUGCCCCAGACUUCUAGAGGUGAAGCCGGCCGACCCCGCUCCUUGAUUGACGCAGACCCCUGGGCUCCGCGUGCGCGGACAUGUCUCCCCUGUGCAGUUCCUCAACACACUCCACGCCACACAUGUAGUCUUGUGCCAGUUCCUACUGCAGGGUCAUUUGUGGCCGGACUGUUUCGAUCAUGGUUGGGAAGAGUCUCCAUUGAUGUCCCGAUAUUAACUUCAAAUUGAUAAAUCAUUCUCAUAUGCCUUGCUGCACGAGAGAACUCAAAAUUUGCUCUGAUAGUGGUAUUUUAUUGUUUAAAAAGUCUGCAAAAUUCAUAAAUAAAACUACCUAAUUUCAAUUUUUCUCUAAAAUAUUUAUUUAUUUGAAAAGGUUGAUCUUCCCUUAUUGAACACCCUUAUUAGAGAAAAAUUUGUUUGUAUUGGAAAGAAAAAUACAAAAACAGUUGCAGUUUUGGAUUUUUCACAAAUAAAACUUGAAGCUUUUUUUCUUUACAGUACAAAUGAAUGAAAUAGUAUUACUUUAAGAGUUACAAUUUUCAAAAUUUGUCUUAAGCGAGGAUUAGCCUUUUUGAAAAAUUAAAUAGUAAAGUAAAAAAGUGCUUGAUCCUUUUUUUGUGUUAUAGUCAUAUAAAAAAUUUUUUUAAUCUGUUACAGUAAUUUUACGGCUUAAAACAUUAAAUACUUAAACCAUAUUUUCUUACUACUAUAAUAAGGUGUUAUGUUUAUAAUUAAAGACGUGUUUUUUACUUUUCCCACAAAAAAAAGAAGAUCUAUCCCGAAACUGUCCUGCCAAAGCGGUCAAGUGCCAAAAGCUUUGUAAAUAAAGAAAACCCGCAGUCUGCAACCAAAGCCAUAUCAAUCUCCGCGCUUUGGAUGGAAACCGUUGCCUUCUAUUGUGAUUCGUUUGUGUUGCUAGGGUCAUUGUUGUAGCUGUUAGUUUAUGUGCUAUCAUAUUUUAUCAGAGGUUUAUCUACAAGGAGAUUUAUAUACUUUUGGGAAACUGUUGUGACUGAUUUUCUCCCAGGAUGGACAAAGCGGCUGUGAACUCUGUACAGUUUAAGUGCCAGACUAAAGGUAACCUUAUACGAGUCAGUGUUCAUGUGGAGAAUGCAUUGAUAGUGAACCUUUGAAAAAGUUAUAUUGUGAAAGAGACUUAUGACAAAAUUAUGAAAUCUUACUUGACAAAUAGGUUCAUUUGACUAAAUCUAAAACUAAAUGUUGAAAAAAGCCAAUGUUGUUUACAAAUCUUGUCCAAUUUAUUAAGCUAAUUGUGGGAGAUCAGAUAUUAUUUGCGUAAUUUCAUUAACUUGUUUUUUUUAAGCCAUUGUAUUUUGAAUUUUGAAAUUCUAACAUAUAAUUGGCAUUUGUAUUUGAUAUGGAUAUGUAGUAUGUAUUUUUAUCAAUUUUUUAAAAUUUUUUUCAAAAGUGAGAUUGUUUAUAAAACUUGGCAUGACUGAAUGAAUAAGAAGUAUAAUUGAUUCUAGGCUACUAGGCACCUGAAUUUUAAUUAAAAUAACUUUUCCCAUUAACACUGACUUCUUUUUUGUUGUAUCUUAUAAGUUAUUUAGUAAAUAUAAUAAUUUUAUUUGUUUAUGUAAUUAAUUUUAAAUAUUUAUAAAACUACAGAAUUGAAAAUGUAUAAAUGUUAUUUAAAUUUUGUAAAUCAGUUAAUAUUUUUUCAUUAAUAGUUAGUUACACUAUCAUAUAAAUAUAUUUCACAAUACAAUGAGUGAGGCAUAAAUACAAUUUGCAGUUAAACUUAUUACUUCACACAGAGAACAACUAAAACUGUUACUAUAUUUUUCCUAUGCUGCAUUGUUCUUUAUUGUGUAUUUUGAAAUGACUAAACUGUAUAACUGCAAUAUAUUUAGUGUAAAUUCAUAAAACUUGUAAAUAUUGCUUUGUAAAUGUUUUGCUAAAGGCCAUAAAUUUUAAUGUAUAUAUAUAUUUUUAAUUUAAGGAUUUUAUAGUGUUUAGUUGUAUUAUAAAAUAUUUAUGGCAUAAUUUGUGCUAUGAAUUUUAUGUUAUUUUGAAACAAUUGUUAUUCUGUACUUAUUUUAUACCAUCAUACAAACUAAAAUGGAAAUUUAAAGUCAGUUAAAUACUGUACACAUUAACUCUAACUAUUGUUAUUUAUGUAUAUUUUGCACAAUGAAAUAAACUAAAAUUGGAAAAAUUGCAAAAUUUAA